UGCUCCACACAGGCAUCGUCUUGUCUAUUUGAUCACUUGUGGGGAGGAUUUGAGUCACAGCUCCUGCGAGAGCUGUUCCUUUGCAGCCUGCUUGAAAAAUGCCCUCCACAUCAGAGCAGCAGUAAUCUGGACCAAAGCCACAGCAGGGAUGAAUAUGUCUGAUGAGUCCUCCUACCAUGAGGAGUUCCUGAUGGGCAACUCCACCUGGGCCUACCCCUACUAUCACCAAAACUACACCCUUCCCCCUCCACUGCUACCAGACAAGACCAGCACCUCCAAACCUGCAGCAUGUGAGCAGGUCCACAUCGCUGUAGAGGUCUUUCUGAUCCUGGGUAUCAUCUCCCUGCUGGAGAACAUCCUGGUCAUCACGGCCAUAGUAAAGAACAAGAACCUUCACUCGCCCAUGUACUUCUUUGUCUGCAGUCUGGCAGUAGCAGACAUGCUGGUGAGUGUGUCCAACGCCUGGGAGACCAUCAUCAUUUACCUUCUCAACAACAGACAGCUCGUGGUGGAGGACCACUUCAUCCGGCAGAUGGACAACGUGUUUGACUCCAUGAUCUGCAUCUCUGUCGUUGCGUCGAUGUGCAGCCUACUGGCCAUCGCUGUGGACAGGUACGUCACUAUCUUCUAUGCACUGAGGUACCACAACAUUAUGACAGUGAGGAGAGCUGGCUGCAUCAUCGGGGGGAUCUGGACCUUCUGCACGGGCUGCGGCAUCGUCUUCAUCAUCUACUCAGACACCACCCCUGUCAUCAUCUGCCUGGUCUCCAUGUUCUUUGCCAUGCUGCUCAUCAUGGCCUCCCUCUACAGCCACAUGUUCAUGCUGGCCCGCUCGCACGUCAAGCGCAUUGCCGCCCUGCCCGGCUACAACUCCAUCCACCAGCGGGCCAGCAUGAAGGGCGCCAUCACACUGACCAUCCUGUUGGGGAUCUUUAUUGUCUGCUGGGCUCCCUUCUUCCUCCACCUGAUCCUAAUGAUCUCCUGUCCGCGGAAUCUCUACUGCGUGUGCUUCAUGUCCCACUUCAACAUGUACCUCAUCCUCAUCAUGUGCAAUUCUGUGAUCGACCCGCUCAUCUAUGCCUUCAGGAGUCAGGAGAUGAGGAAGACUUUUAAGGAGAUCAUCUGCUGUUGCAGCCUGAGAAACGCCUGCACCAGCAUCUGUGCUCUGACAGGUAAGUACUGA